GCGUUGUGGUUGUAUGGGGACGGUUCUUAACGGCGCAACUAUCUGUACUUGAACUGGUUAAAUGUUUUGAGUUAGCCCGCUAGCAGUCAUUGUAAAUACGUGCGGUUAUUCACAGAUGCAGGAGCCAUGUUAGUGAUUUGUAGCGCUCAGUAACAUUUUCUCUCAUUUAAACGCUGAGUUGUUGUUUGGCGUUAGGCGCUGCCGUUGAUAAAGAUGCUUGUCGCUCAGGGGGCUAACUGUAGCUGGCCGGCUAACGUGGCUUUGGUAACAAACAUGACGACGAUGGUGAUGCUAAGGAUGAUGAGGAGGAGCUGCGUGUAGAAAACAGCGAGCAGACAUUGGAUCGUACCGAUUUCCUGCUUGUCAGUCAUUGUUCUCCAGGGUUCUCCUGUCUUUGUGUCUGGCUAGCCACUGAUCGGUACUUCACAACUGUUUUUGUCUCUGGAGGUUGGUACGCCGCACAAUUCAACUAGAUAACACGUAACGCACUGACAAAUUGAGUGGCACCUCCGUCACUUUCUUCCAAUGGGGGAGGAAAAGCCGGACACGCUGGACUUUGUGAAGGAUUUCCAGGAGUAUCUCAGCCAGCAGACUCAACAUGUCAACAUGAUAUCAGGCUCUGUGAGCGGCGUCAAGGAGGUGGACGAGCUGCCAGCAGAAUGCAGCCAGAAUGGGCUGGAACAUCCUUCAGUGGACUUGUCACUGGAGGACAGCUCAGGGAUCUUGGUUGAUGGUUUCGAGCGAACCUACGAUGGCAAACUCAAGUGCCGGUACUGCAACUAUGCCACAAGAGGCACAGCCCGACUCAUUGAACACAUCCGAAUUCACACAGGAGAGAAGCCUCACCGAUGCCACCUGUGCCCAUUUGCCUCGGCCUAUGAGCGCCACCUGGAAGCUCACAUGCGGUCACACACGGGUGAGAAGCCCUACAAAUGCGAGCUCUGCUCAUUCCGCUGCAGCGACCGUAGCAAUCUGUCGCACCAUCGGCGCAGACGACACAAGCUUCUGCCAAUGAAAGGUGCUCGGUCCCUUUCCCAUAAGAAGAUGCUGAGUGUUCUGCAGAAGAAAGCUAGCUCUCUUGGCUACGGUCGACGGCUCCUCAUCAACUUCAGCCCCCCCUCGAUGGUGGUGCACAAAGCUGACGGUGUGAAUGACUUCUCCCACGAGCUGCCCCACUUGCGUCAAGAAACUUUCGAUAGUCAGAGUCAAGCGGUUGAGGAUGGGCUCUCUACUAAUCCAAAUCACCAUGACAUGGUUAUGGAUAACCCUCUGAACCAACUGUCCACCCUGGCAGGCCAGUUGGCCAGCCUUCCCUCAGAAUCCCAGGCCCAGACUCAGCCUCCCAUGUCUCCAGGAGAAGAGUCUGUAGUGGAUGAAAAACCUUUCCUCCUCCAGCAGCCGCACCCCGCCACAGCUCCUGUUGUCGCAGCCAGCAUGUCUCACGCUGCUUCUUCUUCCCCAAUCACCCCAGAGCCCCGGGCCCCUCCACACAGUAACUGCAGUCCUGCAGGUGGACCCUGCAGCGAGCACAGCGGCCGUACCAGCACUCCAAGCAUAUCCAACAGCCAACCCAGCACCCCGGCCCCAGGCCAGUCCGCCCCGAUCCAGGACCCCCACGUGCUGCAUCACUGCCAACACUGUGACAUCUACUUCCCCGACAACAUCCUGUACACCAUCCACAUGGGGUGCCAUGGCUACGAGAACCCAUUCCAGUGCAACAUCUGUGGCCACAAGUGCAAGAGCAAGUAUGACUUUGCCUGUCACUUCGCUCGGGGGCAGCACAAGUGAUCGCUGAACGAGGAAAAACGUAGAACUUUUUAGCACACAGCUUGUUUUUACCUAAUAGGAAUGUUAUUUAUUGGUCUCUCACUUGGCCUGUAUGUAGCACAGUCUUUCAAAGUGUAACUUGCACAGAACAAUGUUAACAUUCAGAAAGAUAUUAUUUUGGUAUACCUAAAGGUGCCCGUUGUUGUGUAUUACAAAGGAGCAAUCAGUGUUUCUCAUGUCAUGAGAAUUUAUUUGCGGCGGUGGCAGAUGUCACAUUUAUUCUAGAUCCAUUUCUCUUGAUAAGCAUUUAUUUAGAAAUGCACAAAAUUUACAUAUAUGGAUGAAUUUUAGCACAUGGCAAUUUCCCAAAAAAUAUUCAGUUUCCUGUGUUGGAUCUUAAGCAUAUCAGGUUUUAUGUCAGUUAAACACCUGAAAGCAGAUAAUCACAUUCUGAUGAAAGUCACCUGUGUGUGCUGGAGCAACAGGAGUUGGUCUGCUUAUAUUUUUAUAUUUGGUCAUUUUCCUUUUAGAAACACACAGUGCCCAUCAGAGGUUUACAUGCACUCAGCUUUGUUACAAAUGUCUUUAAUUUUGGGUUUUGAUGCGUUCAUACUCUUCCUUUUCCAGGAUGGAAGGAUCACAAAACAGACAACUUCAAUUAACCUUAAAAACAAAAAUCGGGUGUACAAUUUUAAAGUUAUUGUGAUCGAAAUUAUACAUACAGUCUCAUAUAUGCAUACACUCAAAAUAAUAUUUAGUUUAAUGUCCCUUAACAGGUUGGAUUGAAAAUACAAUCUAAAUGCCAUCAACAAGCUUUAGGCCCAGUUCUGGCAGAAAAAAUGAGCACUUUUUGUUAGAGUUUCUGACACAAAUGCUGCCUUUAAGCAAAGUCUGCAAUUGCCUAUUGGGGUGAGGUCUUGGUCUGAAAAGCCUUUUCAGAAGAAAAUUGUUAACCUGAUUUAUGGAUCCCAAAAUCAAUUUUAAUGAAUGUUUGAGAUCAUUGCAUGUGUUGAAACAUCCAGCUGUGUCAGAGUUUCAACCAUCUGAGCCAAACUGUGCCCAUCACUUGAAAGAAAAUUGGUAGAAAGAUCCUAAACAGUCCAGAAAAUACUAACGCUCAAGGCUGCAAUGAACUGGAAGUUGCUCUAACAACAGCGUCACUUCCCAAAAUGAAGCAAGUUCAACAACAAGAAAUAAGCCCCUACUUCAGUAUCAACAUUUUCUAGGUCUACUACACUCUUCAGAUGCCUACAUGGAAAAGCCAGAAGCCUUCUAGAGAAAAGGAGAAAACGGACCUAGUAACCAGCAAUGACCAGAAGUUUGGAGGAGCCAAGGUGAGGCUUUUAAGCUCAAGAACAGUGAGCCAACUGUCAAGUAUAGUGGUUGUAGCGUCAUGGAUCUGUUUCACUGCUGGAGGUAUGGGUGCUUCGCAUGAAGUGGAUUAAUAAAGGAGGAAAACCUCCAGAUUGUUGAACUUCGCCUUAAAUCAGCAACUAGAUGGUUGAAACUUGGACAUGAUAAACGGUUCCGACUGUGAGCCACAGAAAUCAUCAGAAAUAGUUUUGAAUGGAUAAAGCAAGUCACUCAUAAAGCUUCUGGGAUAGCCCCUCAACCCGGUAAAAAUAGUUGUCAAUUCUUAAAGAUAGAACUGUGCCAGGAGAUCAACCAAUCUGAACAAACUAGCAAUUGUGCUACAGAAAUGGUCGGUAUGCUUGGUAAGGACUGCAAAAAGUAUAUAGUCAAAGUGCAGUUUGCUGCAGCAUGUAUGUCUAAUUUUGACAAUGCGUUAGUUAGUUAGAGAAGAGCCACAAUAAAACCAAACUUGUUUUUAAAAUUCACUGGAGUUGUUGGACAAUCAUUCCACCCUGGGAAAAUCUAUUCAACUACAUCAUUAAAAACAAUAUGCGAUCCUGCCUAUGUUUGGUGUAUCUGAACGUCUGACUCGGGACUGAACAACAUAGGUGAGCCCACGAUAUAUUUUUACAUCCGUGACCGCGCUGCAAAAAUAAAUUCUCAACAAACCAAAAGCUACUUCUGCUUAUUUCUCAGAUAUUUACAGUUGGCCUUAUUGAAGACUUGUUGAAAUUAUUUCUGUGCUUGGUGCAUUAUUCCGAUUUCUUUGCAGUGCCUGAUAUUGUCACCUUUUUGUGUCAAAGGUUAAGCUGACUGUUAUUUAAAACACUAUUUCCUCUUCAUGUUAUAGCAGCUAGACCCAGAACCUUAUGAAAAAAAAAAAGUUUGAUUGUAGUUGCCGUGAUUGUAUUUUUAAAAUUUUAUUGGCCCAAUUUCUGCUCCAUGAAUGCUGCUAAUUAACUUUAGAGUCCAUGCCAGCUCUUGUGUAUAAAAUCAAUGGCAUCAGCAGUGAAACCUGGCCAAAGCAUGUAUAAAAUGGUUUUUGGUCAUCCAACCGCUUUAUAGUGUUUUAUUAAGGUUCCUUCAUCAUCAAGGCGUGGUUAACUUCUUCAUUUUCAGUCAUUUGUUUGCAGUAUUUUGUUUUUCUUUGUUUUGGUUUUUUUUACCUGCAUCAUGUCAUUGUCUCACAUUUUGACAUUAUAUGAAGUCGUUUUGUAACCAAUGUGUCCACGUUUAAUACAAAAUCAAUCUUGUGUCUCAUAUGAACACUGUUUUAGGAUUGCCACCUAGCACUGUGGUAACCAUGUUCUAGCCUUUAGUAGUUCUCAAAGAGAUUUUCAAUUAAAUAUUAGGAUCCCAGUGCUUUUAUUUUGCAUAUUUAUUGAGUAUUGUAUUCUGAAUGGUUGGAUAAAUGUUCAGUGUCAAAAAAAGCUAAACGGUGUUGCUACUUCAGCAAGGUUGUCCUUUGUCUUGGGUACUGUUGUCUUUUGCUUACCAACACAUGUAGAGGGCGUAGUUGCUGAUCUUAGAUGCACCUCCUUGUUAUUGUCCCUAAAUGUAACGGGGGACAUUCAGUAACGGCUGCCUUAUGUUCUCUUUGUCGUAGAUUCAUGAAUGUUAAAACCUCUGGCUGUCACCUUCUCCCUGAGCUGAGAUGGCAGAAGAGUUUCUUGUGAUAUGGAUUACUAAUUUAUAAGUAAAGUGUUUUUUAACUGACUUUUA